UUUCAAUUUCCAUUGCCUGUAUCACUAAAACUAACCGCCGCACUGGGAGGUUCCAAUGUUAAAACCAAGCGCUACAAGUUGCUUCCUACGGAAGCCCGGGCGGUCAAACCGCGAAGAUUUGCAGAUGGCGGUCGCAGAGAGGAAACGGGUGUUUUAGUGAGACCGACUCCUCAGACGGGUUGGACCGGACACUCUCGGUGAACCGUCCUGGGGGUGUACCAUAAAAGCCGCUUCAGACGGUUCAGCCUGAGGUGAUCCUUCACGGACACCUGCUUAACCGGAACGGGUCUAGCUAGCCCCGCCCCUCCGGCGGCAGCAGUGACCCGUGCCGUAACUGCUGUAGCCCGGGUUAGCCCGGGUUAGCUGUGACCGUGUGAGGAUGUCGGAGAGCGGCGGGUUCCGGUGGACCGUGGUGGUGCUGACGUGCCAGCAUAAAGACAGCGUGUACGCGUUCCAGAGAGAGCUGGAGCUGAGGCAGCAGCGGGGUGUCCUCUCUGCAGGUGCAUUGGUUUUGACCGUCAGGGACCGCCAGGAGCCGCUGGGCAGCGGCGGGGCAACGCUGAACGCUCUGCUGGUGGCCGCAGAGCACCUGAGCAGCAGAGCCGGGCACACA